AUGGGUGAUGGAUCAUGGGUAUCUACCGAGCCUUCUACACGCGUUUUAAAAGAGAGAGGAUUGGAAAAGCUUCCAUUAAACAAUGACGAGAACGCCAAAGACAGCGAUCCCACAGCUGAAAUCUCCGUGGCGAAACAGUUGGAAGUAGAAGGAACUUUUGCCCGGCUCGUGCCUCAAAAUAAGUAUGCUCGAGAUGCGUUUCAGAGGCUGGCUCAAAGCUCUCGCGACCACCCGGCAUAUCUCCACCACAAACAAUUCGUACACGUCGAUGAACGUAAAGACAUCGACCUGCUGGAUCGGGAAGACUACUUCAUAUUUUCUCUCGGCCUUCUACCAGAAUUCCCCGCCCUUGGCUGGAGGAUCGGAAAAGGCAGAUUGAACCGACCAAAUCUGUCAGUAGACAUCCGAAUUCACGACGGCGAAGGAAUGGCCGGAGUGCAUGCUCGAUUCUGCUGGGUGAAAGGCGGUGGAGGAUUUUUCCUCUUUGCAGACAACCUUCGUACGGUACCCGUAAUCUUGAAUGGAGAAGUCCUCAAACGAACUCAAAGAUUGAUCCCGUAUCGAAACUCCAUUUCCCUUGGCGAGUGCAAUUUUAGUUUGAAGUUUGAAGAGCGGACACCGGCGCUCGAGGAACAGUUCCAAGUAGAACUUUCCGCCUUCUAUCUCAGUGUUUUGCGCGAAAAUACGCCGUUGCUGUUGCCCACUCCUUCCGGAAAUGAAGUCACGAUUGGAAACUGGGUCGUCAGAAAUCCCAUUGCAAGCGGAAGUUAUGGGCGUGUUUCUGUUGUUUCUCACAUGCAGACAGGACAGCCUGCAGCAGCAAAGGAGUUGUGGAGAACGCCGCGCAAUAAAUUCUCUGUUGAUCGUGAGAUAUUCAUUGCGAAAUAUCUUCAAAGUCAUCCGCAUAAAAGACUUGGGAUCCCAUUUGAAUUCUACCACAAGAAAAUAGUGGACAAGGCAGAAAAGUUACGAUAUGCAAAAAUUCUGGACGAAAAUUGGAGUCCUGGCCAAGCAGACGCAAUUGACUUGCACAUCUUGUACAGCCCUUUGUCAACGAGCAAUUUCUCAGCAUUGAUCAAAUCCAAAGCCUCCAUUGAGACCCGAACACGCCUUUUUACUCAAGUCCUAGACGGUGUCGCUUUCCUUCACAGUCUUGGUAUUUCACAUCGAGAUAUCAAACCUGGAAAUCUCAUGGUCAAAUCCUAUGAUCCACCGGAUGCUCAAAUUAUUGACUUUGGUUGUGCAACCACCGUUCCACGAACUUUGUAUGAUAGACCAGGAACGGUCCCAUACCUUGCUCCCGAACAGUGUGAAAAUCAAUGGCAUGACAAGAGUGUUGAUUAUUGGGCGUGUGCCCUGGUCGGAGCCGAACUUGUAGGUUUGAAGAGACGAACUAAUGAGAGGAUCGCAGGCGAGAAUUAUCUGAUGUUGUGCUACUGGCUUGAUAAUUACGAAGGGCCAUCUGGACAAGCUCUUAUUGAUGUGUGCAAGGGAAUGCUUAAAAUGGAGCCGGCUGAACGGAUGACUGCUGCUGAUGCUCUGGAGAAGCAUCUUUCCGACUUUCAUAUAGACGUGAAUACGGGCCUGAAACGUGCGACUGAUGAAAACCAUAAUUUGGUUUUAAAAGCUGUUCGUGUGGUCCAGCGCUACCUCUGGAAGUCGACAGCAAUCUCACCAGCCAAACAACGACCCGAAAUGUCUACCCCCAACUUUGACAUCAAUAACCUCUUCGGAGUUAAGGGCAUUGUUGCCGUUAUCACUGGAGGUGGAAGCGGACUGGGCCUCUAUGUUGCCAAUGCUCUGGAUGCAAACGGAGCAAAAGCAGUCUACAUCAUUGGUCGUCGCAAAGAACCCCUCGAAAAAGCGGCAAAGCAAAGCGUGAACGGAACCAUCAUCCCUCUUCAAGGCGACGUGACUUCCAAAGACUCGCUCGCAUCACUUGCCGAGCACAUUCAAAAAGAACAAGGCUUCAUCAAUGUUCUGUUCGCAAACAGUGGCGUUCUUGGAGUCCAGAGCUCCCAACUCAACCUCCCCAAAGACCGCAAGCCAACCCUCAAAGAGCUCAAAGACGCACAUUGGGCUCCUCCUAUUGAAGACUUCACCCAAGCCAUGAAUGUCAACAUCUCCGGCGUAUUCUACACCAGUCUUGCUUUCUUAGAACUUCUAGACGAGGGCAACAAAAACGGAAACGUGGAACAAAAAUCAAACAUCAUAGUAACUUCUUCCAUCGCCGGUUUCUCUCGCCAAGUCGCGGCCGGUUUCUCGUACUCGGCUUCCAAAGCAGGCGCCACUCAUCUGGUCAAGCUCUUAGCCACACAGCUCACGCCGUACAAGAUCCGUGUGAAUGCUAUUGCUCCGGGCUUGUUCCCUAGUGAAAUGACCGAAGGCAACCCAGUGUUUGCUAAUGGCGAUCCGAGGAAAGAGGGCGGUGUUAAGACCGAAUUUGUGCCGUUGGAAAGGAGUGGGACUGAGGAGGACAUUGCGGGCGUUGCGCUCUUUUUGAUUAGUAAAGGAGGCGCAUAUUUGAGUGGAAAUGUCAUUGUACCUGAUGGAGGCAGAUUGGGACAGAUGCCUGCUACAUACUAG